GCUAAUUACAGCAGUCCUUCUCGACUUGAAACGCCCCAAAUGAAGUCCUCCAUCCUCGCCAGCGUCUUCGCCACGGGCGCCGUGGCUCAAAGUGGUCCGUGGCAGCAAUGUGGUGGCAUCGGAUGGCAAGGAUCGACCGACUGUGUGUCGGGCUACCACUGCGUCUACCAGAACGAUUGGUACAGCCAGUGCGUGCCUGGCGCGGCGUCGACAACGCUGCAGACAUCGACCACGUCCAGGCCCACCGCCACCAGCACCGCCCCUCCGUCGUCCACCACCUCGCCUAGCAAGGGCAAGCUGAAGUGGCUCGGCAGCAACGAGUCGGGCGCCGAGUUCGGGGAGGGCAAUUACCCCGGCCUCUGGGGCAAGCACUUCAUCUUCCCGUCGACUUCGGCGAUUCAGACGCUCAUCAAUGAUGGAUACAACAUCUUCCGGAUCGACUUCUCGAUGGAGCGUCUGGUGCCCAACCAGUUGACGUCGUCCUUCGACCAGGGUUACCUCCGCAACCUGACCGAGGUGGUCAACUUCGUGACGAACGCGGGCAAGUACGCCGUCCUGGACCCGCACAACUACGGCCGGUACUACGGCAACAUCAUCACGGACACGAACGCGUUCCGGACCUUCUGGACCAACCUGGCCAAGCAGUUCGCCUCCAACUCGCUCGUCAUCUUCGACACCAACAACGAGUACAACACGAUGGACCAGACCCUGGUGCUCAACCUCAACCAGGCCGCCAUCGACGGCAUCCGGGCCGCCGGCGCGACCUCGCAGUACAUCUUCGUCGAGGGCAACGCGUGGAGCGGGGCCUGGAGCUGGAACACGACCAACACCAACAUGGCCGCCCUGACGGACCCGCAGAACAAGAUCGUGUACGAGAUGCACCAGUACCUCGACUCGGACAGCUCGGGCACCCACGCCGAGUGCGUCAGCAGCACCAUCGGCGCCCAGCGCGUCGUCGGAGCCACCCAGUGGCUCCGCGCCAACGGCAAGCUCGGCGUCCUCGGCGAGUUCGCCGGCGGCGCCAACGCCGUCUGCCAGCAGGCCGUCACCGGCCUCCUCGACCACCUCCAGGACAACAGCGACGUCUGGCUGGGUGCCCUCUGGUGGGCCGCCGGUCCCUGGUGGGGCGACUACAUGUACUCGUUCGAGCCUCCUUCGGGCACCGGCUAUGUCAACUACAACUCGAUCUUGAAGAAGUACUUGCCGUAAGGGGCGUGCAGCAAGGUCGAGCGAGCAUUAUUCGGGGCCAUCUGCUUGUGUCGGCAGGCAUCACGUCAACCCAUCGAAUUGGACAGCGGAAUGCUCCGAGACGCCCUACACUAAGUCUGGUGAUGAUCCCGGACGCUGCCGCGCCCGGAUACCAUGAUUUCAUGUACAUAUUGGUUCUUUGCUUUCUUACCGGGGGGGCUCUGCAGCGUUGCUGAGCGAUUCGUUUCCAAGUAUAUACUUUGUCUGGAAUUGAAUUUUGGGUGACAUUGACCCAAUCAACCAG